AUGGUGAACCGCACAGACGAACCAGAGCACCGAACUCCUGACCGGGAGGCUCCAACAAACCUCCCUACACCCCAAACCAAGCUUAGACAGUCAGAUAGGCUCAGAAGAAACCCACCAAUCAAGCAGGAGCCUAGGGAGGAGAAUGAGCUUCAAAUGUUGCGCAGAAUGAUGCUGAAUCAACAGGAGAUGAUGCAAAGGCAACAGGAGACAGUACAACAGCUGGCACAGCAAGUGAACCUCUUGUCAGGCCAAGCAAGCACUGCAAACACGCCUGCAACAGUGCAGGAGAAUCCGGAGCAAGAAGCUCAACAAGAAGAAGAGGACCGAGAAAUAGACUCUGAGGACGAACUAGAAGAAUUUGUCGGCAACCUUAUAGACACAAAUACGCGAACCGGCAGAGCGAUCACCCAAUUCAUGAAGAUCACGAAGACGGUAAAGAAGCCUAUGACCCUGGCUGGGGCCAGCAACUACCUAGCAUGGAGCAAAGCCAUCCUAAAGGUAGCUCGUCAAGUGGAUACUGAGAAGAUUAUCCUGGAAAGACAAGAGACCUCACCACGGCCAGAGAACUCGAAGAUUUCACAAUACUGGAACGUUCAGAAUAAAUGGCUACACGGCCUAAUCGACAGUACGAUAUCUGCACAAGCCAGAGAACACUUCGAGGAAUCGGAUAGUCUUAGUGCUUACAAACUCUGGGAAGCUGUAAGGACAGCCUUCCAAGAGAGACCUGAGAUACAGCGGGAAAGCCUAUUUACGGAGUUAAUAAGAAUGACACCACAGUCCGCUGGCUCAGAAAGGAAUUAUAUAAUGAGAUUCCUAGCAAUCCGUGUGGAAUGUGAGAGAUUAGGGUUCAAAAUUCAUGACUACAUCCUACACGAUAUUUUGAAGGCGAACAUUACGCCUCGAUGGAGAGAGUUCAUACAGAACCGAUUUGACAUGGCGUGCCAGAGCGGAGCAAACCUACCAGAGAAGGAUUUGGAAGGCCUACUGAAGGAUAUACUCCACCGAAUCCCCAAGAAAGACCAGAAGAAACGUGGAUCCUGA